GCAGUGCGUUACAAUGCAAGAAACUGACCGGUCGAAAAGGAAACCGCAUUCAUGGGAUUCUGCUAUUGAAGAUACACCCACACGUCAGUCUUACAGAGCUUCAUGGCAUGUAUGAUUCUGGAGGUGAUGCAGCUCAAACGAAUUGGAUCACAGCUUCCGAAUGAUCGGAAAUGCGAUCUACCGGAAGUCACAAAAUGGCGCCAUCUUGAUGAAUCUUCUCUGGCCAAAGAUGAAACAAUCGUGGCGAUUCCUGAAGCAGAGGAAACAGCCUCCGAGUUCUUUGACGAGUUGAAGGCCGUUAUAUACACCAUGAAAAUCUUUGGACUCUUUCCGCUUCAGAAAAGGAAUCCAGGUGAAUCCACCUUCCAGAGAUGCAAACUUUCCCUCGUAUACUCCGCCGUGUUCUACGUGGCUGUGAGUGUGUACGCCUAUCACGUGUCCAGAGAGAGAAUAGAAUUCAUCAGAUACUCCGAAGCUAGUUUUGAUGACCUCAUAUAUUCGGUGAUACAUUUUCUGUAUGUGAUUCCCCACUUCUACCUCAUACCUUGCCACUGGAAGGAAGUCACUAAAGUUGGGGGCUACUUUGCGCGCUGGUCUCAAUUUCAGAAGCAGUUCCUGUGUGCUACUGAGAAACAGCUGUACCUGGGGCAGAACCGACGGGCCAAGUGGUCCGUGGUUCUGAUUCCUGUACUGGCAUUGCUCUUCGCUGUGAGCGAAUACUUGCUGUCUUCUGCUGAAGAGAAGUAUUGGGAACUUGGAUUUUAUUGGUACAUCUUCACUGUCAUAUUGCUGCAUGUGGUCUGGUGGUGGUUCGUCUGUUCCUCGUUGCGCGGCGCCAUAUACAACAUUUCAGAGAAUUUCUUCAACUGUCACGUGUUUCAGAAAGGUACUUUCAGUUUCGCGCAAGAGAGGUCGGCGAAGUUGGUACGCCAAUACAGAGACCUGUGGGUUAGUCUGAACAGACUGUCUCGUGAGACAGGUCUCUUCAUGUGCUACACUUACGGACACAUGUGCGUCCUGUCUUUCUCUGUCGUCACGUUCAGUCUGUACGGCACACUGUCCAAUGUGCAUGAUGGUCUGUACAUGCGUCACAUGGGGCUGGCCAUGGCUGUUUGCGUCAUCGGAGGAAUAACUUACGUCAUCUGUAACGUGGCUCACCAUGCCGCCAGCGAGGUAGGUCCGGAAUUCAGAGAGAGAUUGUUGCAUCUGACUUCUGCAGACAAACAAGUAAGACGUGAGCUCAAGAUAUUUAUCCGAGCCACGACGAUAAGUUCUUCUGAAAUCAACCUCGGUGGUUACGUCAGAAUUGACAGGAGUUUCUUGUUAAGGUUUACCUGCACGAUGGUGACGUAUCUUAUCGUCUUGCUACAAUUUCGGCUUGGUCUGCUCAGCAUCAGCGCGUCCAAUAUCACCAUGGUAACGACAUCCGUGUUGUAGGCCAGGCGAAGUAUCGCUCUUUUGAAGAAUUUCAUGCCUUAUUCUCACCAUGUAAUAAAUUUAUCUUACCCUUCA